AUGGCUUCACGCAAGCGUCCUCGUGACGUGGAAGAAUAUGAUAAGUACCAGGGCCUUGUUAUCUAUGUUGGGAACGUCCACUACGAUGCCACCCCAGCCGACUUUGAACACUUUCUUCAGGAUCACAGUAUAUCGUGCACACUUUACUGGCCUGAAGCCGGAGAAAGGUCUCAUGGUGGCUGGUGUUGGGCUCGCUUCCAUCAUCAUGACCAUGCUAGCCAUGCGAUCAACAAUCUCAACGGCGCCAUUUUCUGCGGAAGAAGGCUAAGAACAGGGCAUGUGGCCACCAACUCCAAACGCGCUCGCUUUCAAGACGGGCCUUCGUCCUUUCAGGACCGCCCUGAAAUUUAUGAUAAUCCGUUUCAACGAAAGAACCCAUUUCCAUUCCCUAACGGAUUCCAGGCCUUCAAUCCCCACACCUUUUUCCAGGAUUAUAACCAGCUGAGAUACCCAGGCCACUCAGCACAUCACUACCACCGGCCGGCCGAGCAUCCUGGCUUUUACCCCUCGGCGAAGAACGGACGACCAGCGGCCCCCUUCAGGCAGAGUGCUAACUACGCAGUGCAGUACCCAGACUGCUACCCGCCAAAAAAGACGGAGCAUCUGGAUCACCGUCACAUUCCAAGAUUGCAGGAUAUCUGGAUCGCAGACAAACCCUACCUUAGCACUGCAAACAUCUUCGCCAAAGGGAUCAAGAUCUCGGGACUGGCAAUCACGGUCAACCAAGGACAGACCCCUCCAGAUGGGGCAGUAGCUCUUUCCAGACCUGAGAAUUAG